AUGGCAGCUUAUGGAGCUCUGGUUUCUCUUAUGAAUAUCAUAGAAACACUUGAAAAACACCCUUCCCCUCCCAUUUCUAUCCACAAACAACAAGUUGAAUCCCUCACUCAAAUUGUUACCUUCUUCCAAGAGUUUCUUGAUGCUUAUAUUUCACCAGUUGUUGCUGAUGGCCAUGAAGCUGAUCCAUUGGAGCGCCGCAUUGCUGAUGCGGUCUAUGCAGCUGAGGAUGUUUUCGAAUCCCACAUUGUGGAUCAAAUUCACAGGCAAUCCAAAAAAAUCAGACGAUUCAGACGACAUGGAAAAUCAACAAUUAAAGAGGAGUUCUAUCACAAUCUACAACAAGUGAUAGCUGAAAUGAAUCUGGUCCAAGAAGAGGUGAAGAAGAUUGCAGUCAAAGCUCAGCUGCAACAAAAGCCCAUUGCUGCGCUGGCGUCUUCUUCCACUGUGAGGGAAAACAUGAUGGUGGGCUUUGAAGAAGUGUAUGCUGAAGUUUUGGAUAAGCUCACCAGAGAUCAUCAUCGCAACUGCCAAAUGAUCAUCUCCAUCACGGGGAUGGGCGGAAUUGGUAAGACCACUCUCGCUAGACAUCUAUUUGAGAAUGCACUUGUUAAAGAGCAUUUUGAUAUUCGUGCUUGGACUACAAUUUCUCAAACUUACAAUGUUAGAGAAAUACUCAAAGAAGUUCUUCUCCAAGCAAGUGGGGAUUCGAGUGAUCUUAGUGAGGCCAAUAUAGGACUUACAUUAUACCGGUAUUUAAGUGGUAGGAAGUAUCUCAUAAUAAUGGAUGAUAUGUGGAGUAUAGAGGUAUGGUACAGGAUCAAAAGAUACUUUCCUAAUUUCCAAAAUAAGAGUCGAAUAAUCAUGACAACUAGGCUGUCAAACUUGUGUUCUGAGUUGGAUGAGUCAUAUGGAGUCAGUAUGGAAUUUCUAGAUGAGGCUAAUAGUUGGGAUUUUUUUUCUAAGACUGUGUUUGGGAAUGAAAGUUGUCCUCUUGAGUUGGAGAAUAUUGGAAAGAAUAUUGUAGCAAAUUGUAAAGGGCUUCCUUUAUCAAUUGCUACAAUAGGAGGUCUUUUGGCAAAAUCUGAGUGCAAAAGAGUAUAUUGGGAGAAUAUAGAGCAAAAUUUAAGUUCAAUUGUUAGUAACAGUAACGAUGAUUUUUUCCUGAAAAUAUUAAGGAUGAGUUAUAUCUACUUACCAAACUAUUUAAAGCCAUGUUUUUUGUAUAUGGGUGUUUUUGAAGAAGAUAGUGAGAUUUGUGUGUCAACGCUCCUGAAUCUAUGGGUUUCUGAAGGACUUUUAAAACCAAUGAGUGGGAAAUGUUUGGACACAAUUGCACAAGAGUACUUCAAGGAGUUGGUUGAUAGAAAUCUCAUUUUAGUUGAUAAGUUAGGGUCUAAUGGAAAUGUUAAGUACUGUAAACUUCGUUAUUUGGUGAGAGAUUUGUGCUUGAAAGAAGUUGAAAAAGAAAGGUUUUAUCGUGUCAUAAGAAAUAAUCCUCCAGCCAAUAUUAGUGAACGCCGGGUUGUUUUUCCUUUCGACAAAAAGGUGCCUUCACAUAUAGUCUUGGGGUCUUUCUCACAUGUUCGUUCCAUAAUAUUUAAUGACUACGAAGGUGAAAUUCAAAUGCUUCAAAAUUUUAGAUUGUUGAGGACACUUAAAGCAUAUGAUCAUUAUCUUGGUGCUUCGUGUGGUGCUAAUUUCCUAGAUAUUGCUUUUGAAUUGCUCAAAGGAGUGAAGAAUUUGUUUUUGAAUGAGCAUGUGGUUAAAAGAAUUCCGAAUGUCAAGAAGUUGUAUCUGAAGUAUGAUGAGAAACAAAUUGGGGGUGAAAAUAGUCUGAGCUAUCUUCAGUGUUUGAGUAAACUGGAAAGCUUCUUCUGCGAAGAUGAAGAUUGUCAUGAGUAUUUGCAUAAGAUUAGGUUUCCAAACUCCCUCAAGAGGUUGUUUAUUCAUGCCUCACGUCUCGAGCUGGAAGGCAUAAUGUCAAAAAUUGGUUCAUUACCCCUUCUUGAGAAGUUAGCAGUGCAUGGGGGUUUCUUCAAAACGCGCAAGUGGGAAACAUUUGAAGGCCAGUUCCCAAGCCUCAAGUUCAUGCGAAUGUCUGAUUGUGAUGAUCUAGAAGAUUGGAUUGUGUUUGGCAACUCCAACUUUCCACUUCUCAAGGAGCUACAUCUUUGCUAUAUGAGUGGACUGAAGGAGAUCCCAUUGCAAAUUGCAGAUAUAUCAACGCUGGAGUAUAUACAUGUGGAACAUUGCAGUGAAUCAGCGGUAGUGUCUGCUAAAAAGAUCGAAGAAGAACGAGAGAAAUUAUUCGGAGACCAAAAGUUUUUGGUGCGGGUUGUAGUUGUGCGUAUAGGAGAAGCGCUGAAGAGCUUGGAAAGUGCCAACUUUGAAGUUGAAACUAUAAGUCCGCCUGGAAUUGGAAUUGGAAUUUGA